AUGCGCAGUAUCGGCAGAUUGGUCGAAUCAUUGCUUCCUAGCACUUACGCUUCCCUUCACGCCCAAGGUCAUAAGACUCCGUUGACUUCAGAGUUUCGAUGGCGCGAUAUCGAACCAGCAAGAGAAAUGCAAUACCAUGACUGUUACGAUGGAAGGCAGUGUGCUCGCCUUGAUGUCCCCAUGGACUACCAUUCUCCUGAGGAUUCAGCGGAUCGAGUCGCUCUGGCCAUAGUGCGUCUUCCUGCAAAAGUCCCAGUAAGCGAUCCACGCUACGGUGGUCCUAUCUUGGUCAACCCCGGCGGACCUGGUGGCUCAGGCGUUGCGAAAGUUUUGCAGCAUGGCUCCCUGAUGCAACAAGUGGCCGAUUCCGGCCGACUUGUAAGUGAGGCAGGAGAAUCGGACAAGUACUUUGACAUUAUCGGUUUUGAUCCUCGGGGAGUUAACCACAGUACGCCCAUCUUGACGUGCUUCCCGGAUAGCUUCGCUCGACAGACUUGGAAUCUUCAAUCUCAGGCGGAGGGGCUCUUAGGUAGCUCGGAAGGGUCCUUGAGAACCAGCUGGCGGCGUGCUAGGGCGUUUUCCGUGAGCUGUUCCAGCAGGCUUGAAUCAGAGAAUGGGACGAACUUUCUCGAACAUGUCAACACAACUCCCGCGGCGGCAGACAUGGUCGAAAUCAUCGAGAGACACGGUCAGUGGCGCGAGCGGCAAGGUCAAAAAGCUCAAGCUGCGUAUGACCUUGCACGUGGCCGGGAUUUGAAGCAGACCUUCUCCCAACGUACGAGGUGGCACAAAGGCAGAGAACCGCUGCUCUUCUGGGGCUACUCUUAUGGCACGAUACUGGGAUCUACAUUCGCAGCCAUGUAUCCGGAAAGAGUGGCUCGGAUGGUCCUGGAUGGUGUCGUCGAUUCAGAAGACUACUAUAACGGCCCCUGGGUUCACAAUCUCCAUGACACAGAUCGUAUCCUUCUCAAAAUCAUGGAGUAUUGCUCUAACGCCGGUCCGGAAAAUUGUCGCUUCUGGAGACCAGGAGGUUCACAGGCUAUACUCGGUGCCUACGAGACUCUCCUCCAUGAUAUUUGGGACGAUCCGCUUUCUGUGGUCGGUGAUCAGCGUCGAGGCCCGGAAAUCAUCACAUGGACCGACGUGAAGAUGGUGGUCAAGGAUGCCCUCUAUCAGCCCAUGAUCCUCGGUCCUAUUGCAGUUGAGUUGUUGCAGGACAUCACAAAUGGAACUGGCAGUGUGUUCGCCGAGUACAAGCAAAACGGGCGCACGCCGAGCUGUCGGUCUCAACAAUGUGAAAUUGACGGGCCGUAUUCCGAAGAAUGUGUCUCACCAGGCUGGAACGAACUCGAGGCGACGUCUGCCAUCUUGUGCACCGACGCUCAGGACAUCGGUAGUCUCACUGAAGACGAGUUCAGGUCCUACUGGCGCCUUCUGCAGGGCCAGAGCAGCGCCAUGGGCGACUACUGGGCUCAAACGAGACUCGGUUGUGCCGGGUGGCAGACGCGAGCGAAAUGGCGAUUUGCUGGACCCAUGUCCGGAAACACAUCGCACCCCAUCUUGUGGAUUUCAAACACUUUGGACACCGUAACGCCACUGCGGAAUGCGAAGAAGAUGAACGAGAGGUUUCCGGGAUCGGUGCUCCUGCAGCAAGACUGUGAAGGUCAUUGUUCCAUCACAGCGCCAUCGCUCUGCACCGCGAAAGCGAUCAGGCGGUAUUUCCAGACAGGGAACAUGCCGAAUGUCGGCACGCUCUGUGAGACUGAUGCGAAGCCUUUUGAGAGUCAAGCAACCAGAGCCCGUGUCUCGAGAAUGGACGCAAAGGAUGCAGAAUUGCUUGAAGCAUUGAGACGGCUGGCCGAGUCUCCAACGAGAGGGUUCCUAUAG